AUGGCGGCGACCCCAGCUUACAGAAGUCCCGUCAAGGCGUUUAGUAAUGAAGCCCGAGCGCGGAGCAAAGACUAUGCCUUCUUGUUUCGGGCCUCAGGAGUCUUGUUCAAUGGCAAUACCAGGAUCGAUGGCUCACUGCCUGCUCUCAGGGCUAUCAAGUCGCAUAUGGUGCGAUACAUGUGUCUCGCUGAUCCUGGAGGAACGGCCCUGGAAGCAGAAACCGAACACCAGUUCAAGGAGCGCAUUAAAUCGAACAAGGACGAUCGCCUAUUCCAGGGAAACAUCAUCCACCCACACACGCCUCUGCGUCUGAUGCUUGAAGAGGUUAAGAAGAAUCAGGUUGUAUACAUUGCUGGCCGGAAACCAAACAAGGCCCGGAACAUUGCUCAAUCGUACGGGUUCAAGAAGGUCGUUACUGGUGCAGACUUGCUGGACCAAAAUUUAGAAAUGUUCCCGUUUGACCCAUUGAAGGUUACGGGGAAGAAGGGCCGCACGAAGACCCAAGCACUACCUGACGGAACCUCAACCUUCAAACCUAGCACUAAGAACAAGGAAAGAGAACCGAACCUUAAGAGGAAACUGAAGAUCGACCACAUUUUCGUUUGGAACGAGCCAAGGGACUGGUUCCUCGAGAUACAGCUUAUUAUUGACACGCUGAUAUCCCAACAGGGCUAUAUCGGCACCGUGUCCACCAAGAACGGCGAUACCGCGCUGGCAAAUAAUGGGUGGCUGCAGGACGGCCAGCCCAAAAUAUGGGUCAACGAGGAGGAUUUCGAAUUCGGGACGGGAUACCACCUUAAUCGCCUGAGCACAGGCGCGUUCCUAGAAGCCCUGAAGAGUGUCUGGCGAGCCAAGACGGGGUGCGAGGACCUCGAAUACGAGCACGUCGGCAAGCUAUCCGGGCUGACCCUCGAGUACGCCCACGACCAGAUCCUCCGCGCAUACGCGCGCAUGAUGACCGAGAAGGGCCUGGUGGGGCCGGUGAUUAAUAAGACCGACGUUCAGCGGGUGUAUGUGAUCACCGACAACCCGGAGAAGGAUCUUGAGGCCGUGCUGGAUUUCAAGCCGGAGGGCGGGGCGGAGUACAUCCCCAUCCUGGUGCGGUCCGGGGCUUGGAAUGGCAAGGGGGAGCAGCUCGAGCGCAAGCCGGCCGCGGUUGUGAACGACGCGAUGGAUGCUGUCGUCUGGGCUAUGCGGCAGGAAGGGGUCGAUGCCCACCGUGAGAUCUUCGACGUGCCCAAACGCCUCUUGGGUCUGGUGGGCCUGGGCGAGGUGGUCAGAGAGGAUGUCAUGGCGGAGAGAAUACGCUUGAGGAGGGCGUAA